AUGGGUUUGUAUACGGUUAAAUCCGGGUAUAAUUGGCUCAUGGAGAAGAAUGCUAUCUCACCCCCCUCCACGUCUGCUGGUUUGCAACUGAAUUGGAAAGGAAUUUGGGAGACCGGAGCUGCUCCCAAGUGCAAAAGCUUUGUCUGGAGAGCUUGCCAGAAGGUGUUGCCCGUGAACGUUAACCUGCAAAAUCGUGGUGUUGAUGUCGAUCCCCUUUGUCCAUUAUGCCAGAUGGAGCCUGAGACGGUGACCUAUGCUCUAUUGAGAUGCCCGACUGUUCAGGACGUAGCUGAAGACGUAGUGGCAGUGAUCUUCACCAUCGCUUGGGCUAUUUGGAACCGAAGGAACAAGAUGGUUUUCACCAAGGCUCUAUUGCCAAUACCAGUUGUGAUUCAAGAAGCCUAUGCUAAUGUUCCAUCACCCGUUGAGUUCGAGCCAGGCGUUCAUGGUGAUGACGCUACUGUGCUUUUGGGGAUCUCUUCUCCCGUUUCAAAUGGCAACGAUACAGACAUGAGGUGGGUUGCGCCAGCACGAGGACGGGUCAAGAUCAAUAUCGAUGUGUCGGUGAGGGGCACUCAUGGUACUGGUUUUGGAAUGGUUGCCCGCGACCAUCCGGGGAAGGUGCUCGCAGCUGCCACAGAGACCCUACAGGAGGAGUUCUCUCCUUUAAUGGCUGAAGCUUUGUGCUGCAGAUGA